AUGCUACCGUUUGCCAAAUUAGCACAGUCUUCUAGCAUAAAGUCGCUGAAUCCAUCGAAAAAUGUUGCUACAGAGCAUCCAAUAGAAUUGAGCAUUAAUGUGGAAUCGCCUCCCUGCGUACUUUAUGGAUCAGCAGCGGAUUCCACGGGGUCAUUAUUAAGCGGUGUUGUCACAUUGAAUGUCAAGGAUCCAUAUGCUGAUGUAUCCAUACCGACUUAUGAUUCCAUCAAACCUUCCAAAAGUGCCCCUCAGAAGUCCCCAAGACCGGGAAGAAGGAAGAGUGCCAUCGGAUCCACAUUAUCUACCACAUUCUCUCAAUUAGCAGUGGCACAAUCUCAGGCAACAGCAUCAUCUCAAAAGACAACGCCAUCACCAAGUCCAUCCAAUACAAAGAUUAUGAAUGGCUACACCAAGAUAUCAGUUACGUCAGUGUCUCUCACGUUUGUACAAAAGAUUCAUUUCCAUAAACCUUUCACGCCAGAUACGUCAUCGAUUCAAUCAUGUACGAAUUGUCGAACCAAAUUAACAGAUAUGAAAAGUUGGCCCAUUCAGAAGGCACCACAGGAUAAACCAGUAGGAGCACAUACAUAUCCAUUUUCAUAUUUGAUCCCAGGGUCUGUUCCAUCGACUUCAUACUUGGGGUCUAACGCAGAGACACAGAUUAAAUAUGAAUUAAUUGCAGUGGCAACGUAUAAGGAACCUACAAGACGUCAUGACGUUAAAUCUAAGGAAAAGAUGUUGAGAUUGGUAAUGCCCGUAGCGGUCACGCGAAGUAUUCCUAGAGGACCUGAUAAGAAUUCAUUACGUGUUUUCCCACCAACUGAAUUGACAGCAGCCGCGGUGUUACCCAAUGUGAUCUACCCCAAGUCUACUUUCCCCUUAGAGAUGAAAUUAGAUGGUGUCUCCCUACAGGAUAGACGAUGGAGAAUGAGAAAACUAAGUUGGAGAGUGGAGGAAACUACUAGAGUUAGAAGUUACGCUUGCAAAGUUCAUCAACAUGAGUUAAGAAAAUUAGAAAAACAUGUAAAGGAGAGAGAAAUUGAAAGAAAUAAGAAACCAAUGCAACAAAUCAAAAGAUACGGUGAUAUUGGACCCCAAGUAAGAGUAGCCGUUAGUUCACCUGAAAACCUACCCUUACAAAGAUUGAGAAAUCAUGGAGAUUUGAAUAGCAAUUCUUCUCGUAACAACCCAUCAAUGAGAACGCCACAGGAUGGUUCAGCUUCAUCUGGUAAUGGUCACAAUGGCUCCAAUGAUAUACCGGAAGAUAGAGAUGAUCAAGAUGAUGUUUCUGUUGAUGAAUUCAUUCAUCCAAGUGAUGAUGCCCUAAGACAAGAACUAUUACAACAACAGCAAAGACUACGUGAACAACAAUUACAACAAGAAAUUGCCAAAAAUGAUAGUACUCUGUUCACGGAAGAAGUGAGGAUUAUUGCCAAGGGUGACAUGAAAAGUGGGUGGAAGACAGAUUUUGAGAAUAAUGGUAAAAUUGAACUGGUCACGGAAAUAGAUUGUAUGCCCCUAAAUUCUGGCGUGGGGAACCCAGUUACGAUGGUGUCCACUUCAAAACCUCAUAUUAAUUCUCAUAAACAGGAUGCCAAUAUUUCAUGUGAUAUUCAAGACCCAAAUCUGGGCAUCUACGUGAAUCAUAUACUAGCCGUCGAGAUUGUGGUCGCUGAAGAAACAUUACAAUAUUCUAACGGUCAACCAAUUCGUAGUAAGAGUCGAUCAGAUAAAAGUAAGAAUAGUUCAAAUUCGGGCAGUAGUGCAGAUCAAAGAUUAGCUGAAUUAUCCCCCAUGUUUGCCAACAGAAAUGCACCAAGAACUAGACCUGUUAGCAACAAUAGCAUUACACCAGUAAAUUCCAGAACAACGAAUGGAGAAACCUCAUCGGGAAAUAAUGACGAGAAUAAUUCAGAAAAUGCGGGGCUUCCUAUCAAUAGUUCCAAAGUUGUUAGUGUACCCACAGGUGCCGCAAGAGUAUUAAGAAUGCAAUUUAGAUUAAAUGUUACUGAAAGAUCAGGCUUAGGAAUAUCAUGGGAUGAAGAAGUUCCUCCUAUUUACCAGGAUGUAAUGGCAUACGGACCUCCAAGUUAUCAAGACUCUACAGUGUCGUUACGUAUGGGGUCCAUUACAGAUCAGUCAGAAGUGGGGUAUUUAGGCGGCACCGAUACCGGUAAUAACAGUGUUGAUUCUGUGACUAAAUUGACUCGUCCCACUAUGGCACAUUACGUCGAUAGGAACAAUAGCAUUAGUGGCAGUAGCAAUAGUAAUGGGUUGAAUACUGUGGUAUCGCCGCCAUUGGAAAAUAUUAUUAGCAUUCAAGGAAAUGUCCCCUUAUUAAAUCAAAGUAACUCAAGCACACAAAUUUUGACGCCCAAUAACACUAGAGAAGUGCGAAUGCAUUCUGUAUCUCAAGUACUGGAUACAGACCGUAUUACUCAAUAA